AACCUCUUGUCUGCGACAGAUCUAUCACAGGCGCAUCCACAGACUCCAUAUUGACUCACUCCACGGGCCAACCGCCCACGAAGGGUGAAGAGAGACAGAGGAGAUUAGUAGUAAUUGAAUUGGACUGUAAUCAUUCCCCUGCUGCCGCCAUAGUCUUGAAGGAAGAUUGCUGACUCCGUGAAAGUGAGGGUGGAGAAGUAGAGCUGGAGCAUGCGUGAGAUCUUCGUGCAAUCGCAUCCUCUCCACGUCCUAGAAACAAAACCCAGGAUUUCCUAUGUUCGGGAAAAACCUAUAUCGUUUUUUCUCGGCUAUGGCGGUCGCUAGCAUUGGCGUCUUUGCUCCCAGGUUCUAUGGAACAAGGAAAGAAUGGUGUUUCAGCAGUAGUGCUGUGAUGGGCUCGAGUUUGAAACUCUCCCAGGAGCUCGGCGACUGCCCCUGUGGUCUGGCUCACAAGAGCAGCAUUGUUGCAGCACUGCGCACCAGCGGGGGAUUCGGAAAGCGGCCAGAGGCGAAAGCCAAGCCCAAGAUUCUGAAGGAACUCGAGGUAAACAAGGUGGAGAGCACAGACACGUACAAGAUCUUUGCUCGCAAGGUCGCAGGGGAGGAGGUCCAGUCGAAGUGGGAGUCGAUCGGAGAGAUUCUGAUAGAGUCCGGAGCCAGCGUCGAGGUUGCGCUCAAGGAAAGGAAGAACUUCCUCGCAGCUGGAGUCAAGUAUCAGCAUCCUGUUUUGGUGAUCCUGGAGAAGGGCGAGGCGGUGGAGUAUGGCGUCCAACUGGCGCCUCCCAAAGACGCCAAAGACGCCAAAGAGGAGGCGACGAAAGGUGGCGAUGAGAAAGAAGCUCCGGAGAUCACUGUGGUGGACUUGGGUGGGAAGCAGCCCGAAGAAACAGUCCCAGCGAUUCUAAGAGUGGACGACGGCAAAUCACCAGGAAAGACGCGGAAGUUCUGACUAGCGCGUGCGAGGAGGCCAAACUCUCGCAGGCUUUACGAGCACCAGCGAAUUCUGCCAAUGCUGAGAAUGCCACCGCGAUUCAGGAGCAGAUCAAGCUGCUACUAACACCAUCCAUCGCAUAAGAAGAAAGAACAAGAAAGAAAAAGAAGCACGAAUCUGGAAAGCUAGAAGACGUGCAAAGUGUAAAAUUCCUCUACAGUCUCACACCCUCAAAUGAAAAGAAAGUAUGUCUUCCUUCCAA